UGAAGACUCAGACUGCAAAGGCAGCAUCCGGUCAGGAGCCGCGGGGCCUGCGAUAAUGAUGGUUGUUGGCAAUCUGCAAGCCUCCAGAUGUAGUUGAAGGAGCAUCACGUUGCCCCCGCUGGUCCACACACCCCCACACUGCAUGGCUUCACUUGCUGGUGUCUCACACCGUCUCUCCAUAAGCCCCGUCCUGCACACCCUCAUGCGGGGGUCUCAGGCGUCUCACAGACUGACCAAUGACUGCCUGGAUUGUUCUGCCUGUCAGCCUGUCUGCCUUCUCCAUCACAGGGAUAUGGAUUGUUUACGCCAUGGCAGUAAUGAACCACCAUGUCUGUCCUGUUGAGAACUGGACAUACAAUUUGACAUGUACAGAGGAAACAGCUAAGAGGGGCUUCCCAAAGUCCUGCUGCACUCUUCAAGACAUCCCCCUCAUUAGUAAAUGUGGUUGCUAUCCACCAGAGAGCUGUCUCUUCAGUUUGAUAGGCAAUGUUGGGGCCAUUAUGGUGGUUAUGGUGUGCAUGCUGCGUUAUGCUCAAGUGAUUGAACACAGUCAUCAUUGCUGGACCAACACAAGUUCUUUGGUGUCCGGCUGCAUUAAUGCCCUGGGUUUGGUCAUGGUUGGGAACUUUCAGGUUGAUCAUGCCAAGACUCUUCAUUAUGUGGGAGCCGGUGUAGCUUUCCCUGCCGGCUUGUUGUUUGUGUGUCUGCAGUGCGUUCUGACAUACCGUAUAGCAGAGACAGCGCUGGACUACUGGAUGGCUCAUGUGCGUGUGGCGCUCUCAGCUGGAGCUUUGGUGUCGCUUAUCCUCAGUGGCAUCUUCUUCGUCCAUGAGAGUUUUGUUUUGCAGCACGCCGCAGCGAUCUGUGAAUGGGUCUUCACGGUGCUGGUCCUGGUGUACUACGGCACCUUCACCUAUGAGUUUGGCACCGUCAACAGUGACACCAUAAUGGCAGCCUUAAUGAAACGCAGUGAACAUCACCAUCAGGGGUCAGCGGUCAUCAUGGGGGGUAUCGGGAAGGGUGUUGCAAUGGGAUGUGGCGCCCGCAGUCUCAAGUCACCCGGUGGCAGCAGCACUUCCACACACCUCAACUGUACACCAGAAAGCAUCGCCAUGCUUUAGGGGUUAACCGCUAUGGUAUUCCCUCAGACCUCAGCGUAUAGACUCAGAACUUUUCGUCUGGCUCACGGAUUUGUGAAACUCUGAUACAAGCAAUACAGAAUCACAGUAAGUUUACAGACUUGCUGAUUAUAAUCCAACGGUAAUGACCACUCGGUUCGGUUGUAACUAAGGUAUUUUGCAUGAUAUUUUGCAUUCAUGUUUUAGAGAACGCAACUCAUAGUACAGACCCAGUAACCAGCACAGGUGAUUCCUGCCUCUGAUAGAUAGGAAUGUUUCAAUUUACUGUUCAGACUGCAAUAACUCAUGUCUGAAGGUGCAUUCACACUGACAGCGAUUCAAUUGUUCAGGGGCAACAAGUUAACUGUUGGUUGCUAGUAGUAUUUCAGCAUCAGUGCUGCAGGGAUGACAUAUUUUUGUAGGCCAAAACUGAGUUAGCAUUUUAGCACUUCCUGUUCUAUUGUCCCGAAAGUCCAUUGGGUUUUUGCUUAAACACCUGAAAAAGGAUCUGUGGUUAACUCAAGAUACUUUCAUGUUUUUCCCUUGUGAUUUUACUUGUCUUGAAAAAGGCGAUUGCUAACAAGUGGCUAAAUGGCACUACAGAAGUUGUCAGAAACACUAAACAUCAACAAACUGAACAAUUAAAUUCACUAGCCGUUUUAUCAGCCUCGUGUGUAUAAUCAAGGAAUGUUUCACUGUAAAAAAAUAUUUUCAAGAUUUGUUAUCACAACAUAUUUUCUUUUGUCAAAUCAACUUUA